AUGAACCCUCCAAAAGCUCCGCUUAAUCUGAUUGAAAAGCACUUUGCAAAAUUCCUUUGGGAUUCCACUGGUGACAAAAAUAAGUUUCAUUGGAAUUCGUGGAAAAACCUUUGUAUUCCUGAGGAGGGUGAUAUCGAAAUUAGAAGAAUGUGGAGGAACGAGGAGUGGAAUACGCACAAAUUGGAGCAACUCCUGCCCACCCAUAUUGUUCAUCAUAUAAGCAUCAUUUCUAGAGGGAAACAGAACAAUAAUGACCAAGCCAUUUGGAAACUCAUGGAGAAUGGAUAUUAUUCUAAUGCAUCGGCCUGCCCACAAUCUAAUAGUUUGCAUCAUGUUUUCAUUGAUAGUGAGGCCGCGAGGCAUUUAUGGGAAUUCUUUGAAAAUCCUCUGGAAAUUCGGCAUCAAGCUACUUCCAUUAGUAGUGCUCUCAAUCAAUGGUGGCAGAGGAAACCAAAGAAUUUGGUCCAUAAAAUGAUCCUUCACAUUAUUCCUAUCACUAUCUCCUGCGAGUUAUGGAAAAGCUAUACAUCUUGCAAAUUUGGAGAAGGUAAGAAAGUUGUUCUUUACAAGAUGAAGUCCCAAAUUAUUUGGAACAUUAACGCUGCUAUCAACAAGAAAUACCCCUCUAUUAACACCCACUCUCACUGGUACAAAAAUUGUGAGAUGAUUGAAGAUCUGAAACCUAUUCCUAUAUGGAAGAGUGUCUUAUGGGAGGUGCCUCCCAGUGGGUUUCUAAAGCUAAAUACUGAUGGAAGCCUUAACAAACAGAAUGGGAAAGCAGGGAUUGGAGGAAUUCUUAGGGAUGAAGAGGGAGGCUUUGUAAUGGCUUUCUCGAUGCCAAUCAUAUGUAAUAGUGUCAGUGAAGCAAAAUUGAAAGCUAUCAAAUAUGGGUGUGAGUGGUGCAAAAACAAAGGAAUAUUGAACUUCAUUGUGGAAUCGGACUUGAGAAUGAUCGGUGACAUGCUACAGACCAAAACUCUUAGCAACAACAAGCUGAAACAAGAGGCCGAAAAAUUAUUGUAUACUCUGGAUAUCUGCAGGGCACCUAUUAACCACUGCCUUCGUGAAGCAAUUCAAGUGGCAGAUUGGUUCGCUAAAGAGGCCACCAAAGCUAACGAAGGCAUCAUACAUACUGAUUUUAGACAGAUUCCAAAGGCGGCCAAGGGCCCUUUCUUCAUGGAUAUGUGGCAGGUCCCGUCCUUUAGAAUUAGAUAUGAAAAAUCCAAUUUUCUUGUAAGCUAA